AUGGAGGGAAUUGAUUUUGAAAACACCGGUUCGGACUUUAGCAUUGUGUUCAAGAUUGUCAAUUUGGUAGUUGCCGUGUUGAGUGUUUUAACGGGCCUGACAGAACUGUUUCACGGCUUUAACUACUUCCUUCAAGGUCUGUAUAUUACGGCAUUGGGGGGUAUCAUUGGGUACCUGGAAUUCAAAAAUCCACCUCAAUUGUAUGCUUAUGCCUCCUCGUUUUUCUCCUUUUUGGGAAGAGGUUUGAUUUACGUGCUGAUUGCCAGUUUGAACUUCCACAGUUCUGUCAUCAGACUGUUGGCAGCGGUGGUUUUGCUACUCAUUGGAAUCGUCUAUAUUGUGUUAGAGUUCAUUCCAAGCAUCCAGGCUCCAGAGAACAUGCAAGGAGAACGGGGGUUGUCUACAGACGAGCUCGAAGACGUUAUUUAA